AUGCUCAGCUCAGCAAUGUUCCUGAAUUUACUGCUGUGUGCCGUCUGCCUCUUUGUCUCAUCAUCUUCGGCUGUCUUCAGUUCUGCAGCAGAUGAAACCGCAUUCUUACAAGUGACCAUUCCUGAUAGCCCCCCAGUGUCUGCAAUUUUGGGGGGUUCCCUGACUCUUCCCUGUCUUGUGAGUCUCUCCUGGACCACAUCUUUGGGCCGACAUGCUGUACUAACCCAGCCACGAGUCAAAUGGAGCUUUCUUUCAUCAAACAGAGAGACAGAAAUCUUGGUGGCCCGUGGUGAGUGGGUGAAGGUGAGUGAGUUGUAUAAAGGCAGGGCGUCACUGCUGAAUUAUGCUGCCUCUUCAGCUGAUCUCACCCUCAGACUGGAUGGACUGAUACACAAUGAUACAGGCUUCUACCGCUGUAAAGUCCAGCAUGGCUUGGAGGAUGCUUAUGACCAGGCACAAGUCAAAGUAAAAGGCAGUGAUGAGGAUGUAUCUUCCGGAGAAAGAGAACUCCCAGGAAACGGAUCUUCCAUUAUUAAGCCUACAUACGCAGAUAUGGCCAGCAUCACUCUCUCUAAUGUGACAGAUAUUCAAGAAAUUAUUGAAACAAAUAGUGAUGAUGAUAAUCACACACGCACGGUUGGACCCACAACAAGUCUGGAGGUUACGUUUCUUCCUCAUGGGACCCAAAGUCCCUUCUGGCAAACUGUGCCCUCUUCCACAAACCCAGGAGAUUUCAGAGCAGAUGUUGAACUCAGUGGGGAAGCGGCAGUUACCACAGAUCACAUCAAAAACUCCACCAAUGAGGAGACAGCACAAACCCAAAAACCAUCCACUACUAGAGCCAACAAUGAAGAUGAUGAUGAUGACGACAAAAAUGAUUACAAACUCAUGAUAAUGAUUAUGAAGAAAGAUGUCAAAACCACACCUGAGUCUACCAGUCUACCUGCCAGACCUACCCCGAGAGUGUUGGUCAGGACAGACUACAUUUCAGAUGCAUGUCUGGAGAACCCUUGUAAAAAUGGAGGCACAUGUGUGGACAGUAGAGAAGGUCAUAGGUGUCUCUGUCUACCUACUUAUGGAGGAGAUGUUUGUGAGACAGAUCUAGAGCACUGUGAACCAGGCUGGGAAAAGUUCCAAGGGUUUUGUUAUAGACAUUUCACCAAACGGCAGAAAUGGGAUGUGGCAGAGCAGCACUGUCGCAUGGGCGGAGGUCACCUGAUCUCUGUUAUGUCACCUGAGGAACAGAAGUUUAUCAAUGAUAAAUACAGGAAGUAUCAGUGGACGGGUCUCAAUGACAAGACCAUUGAGGGAGAUUUCCGUUGGUCAGAUGGGAACCCUCUGUUGUAUGAGAACUGGUAUCAUGGACAACCAGACAGCUACUUCCUGUCAGGGGAGGAUUGUGUUGUCAUGGUGUGGUACGAUGAUGGUCAUUGGAGUGAUAUCCCUUGCAACUACCAGUUGUCUUACACCUGCAAGAAAGGCAUUGCGUUCUGUGGCCAGCCCCCUCUCAUGCUGCACACUAAGAUAUUUGGACGUCGUCAAAUAAAGUACAGGGCCAAUUCACAGGUGCGCUACUACUGUGAGCCAGGCUUCAUCCAGAGACAAAACCCUAUCAUCACAUGUCAGAGCAACGGACAGUGGGAGGAGCCUAAGAUCACUUGUUCACCAGUGGGAACAGCAUACUCAAAUAGAGAACUGGUAACAUGGCCCACAGGUCAGAACAAGGAGAUAACAAUAAAAGAGACAACAAAAAAAACAACAACACCGGAAUAUUUGGAUAUAAAAUGGCACUUUUAAAACAAGAACAUGGCAUAGUUGCAUUUCAUUAUUUCUUUCACUCUUCUUUUUAUCAUGUCAUCCCUUUGUUUAUCCUCCUGAAAAACAUCCAUCGAUCAGCUCUACAAAGUUCUUUAUAUAACAGCAAUUCUAUAUAAAAAACGGUCCCACUUAACUUCUCUUAAAGGGAUAGUUUACCCAAAAUGUAUAAUUCUGUCAUCAUUUACUCACCCUCAUGUCAUUCCAAACCUGUAUGAAUUGCUUUCUUAUGUUGAACAUAAAAGAAGAUAUAAGAUAUUUUGAAGAUUGCUGGUAAUCAAACAGUUGGUGGUUGCCAUUGACUUUCAUAGUAGGACAAAAAAUACCACCAACUGUUUGAUUCAAUUUUGGGUGAACUAUACCUUUAAGUGGUACUUCCAAUUGGAUAAAAGUUUAAAUACACCAAACAUUUAUAACAGGAUACUUAAAUUAGACUAAAGAGUUAUUCAUUUUUGUUUUUCUUCUCUCUGUUCUUUUCUUGUCCAUUUUUCUCUGUGUAGACUAUGACACUGAAUUACAUUUUGUAAUUCUAAGACACCAUAAAAGCACACUUGAUAAAAUGCAACUUCUAAACAAAGCUUGUAACCAUUUGGACCAUACACCUGUUCAGUUUCAUUUCAUCCUUUUUUUUUAUUUUAUUUUUAUUUUUAUUUUUUUAUUAAAUUAUGAGAUAAACCUAUGAACAAAUGCUCUCUAACAUCAGCUGGUCUGAAUCAUCUUGUUUGUUUUUGAUUUCCAGGCCCACAGUUCAAAACAAAACCAUAUUUUAUUUUUUGAUGGCCUGAAACCAGAAAUUAUUUUAUCACUCUAGAAACAUAGAAUCAAUUAGAGCAAUCACAAUAAAAAGAGUUAUCACAGUAAGAAAUGUUUAUGUAUUUUCUUGCAUCAUGUGAA